UACUGGCUGGACAGUGGAAAAACUGCUCCAGGGAUCCCCCCUGGAUUACCUCAUCAUCAUUCUACGGAUAAUGGUCCCAAGGAGUGUUUUGGGAACGGACCUUUCCAUAUCAACCCGGCAGUUAUUGGAUCGGGAGGUGAUCCCUUCAGACAGAUGUACGAGAUCUUAAGUCAGAAGAUGUUCCUGGAAGUCUUCUCUGCGGACUUCUUGUGCUCAGACCCCAAGAGAGCUGUGUCUGGACGUUUCGUCGUUGGAUCAUCAGUUCGAAUUGGAAAUUCCUCACAAAGAAAAUUCAUAAUAUCAAAGGUUGGGGACAAGGCCUGGGUUGUGGGAGAGGGAGGUCUAGAGUUUGCGGAAAUGGCAUCUCUUUCUUGUUAUGUUUAA